CCCCGCCAUAACUAUCCCGUGCCCCCGUCAUAAUCAUUCCACCAGCUUUCCACGUACCUGUCGCCAAUAAUCCAAAUUCCUAUUUGAUAAAUAAUUCCGUCGCAGUAAUUAUGCACCCAGAACACUGGUACAAUAAUCUCGGGGGAGAGGGUGAGGACGACGCCGAGUCUCUCGACGGCGAGGGAAACGUGGAGCUCGACCUCGAAACACCUAUGAAAUCAAAAUUCACCGUUUCGUCCAGGUUGGAUUGCUCGGACAACAAGUUGACGGAGAUCUCUCUUGUCAACGAAGACUUUCUUCCCGCUCAGACAAUCAUGAACGCCGACGACAAUGGCAACGGAGUGUUUGGCAACACCUUGAAGAUGCGACAGUUCCAAUACCUUAAGGCCAUCCAAAUCGCGAAGGAGAACGAUGAAAAAGGAAACCAUGGAUUCAAUAUCAAGUGGGAUGAACACCCGAGCACCAUCAUUUCCGCUCUGGAGGAUUGCGGAGCUGCACCUACACUCUCGGACGACAGAAUGAACGAAACUAGCACCCGGAAGGCAUUUGAUCCUAAAGCGCCGCAUUUUGACGUUAUCGUUAUCAAUCUAUUGGAAAGUCCGUAUUUUCCCAAGGAUACUGUCGUCCCCGAAGGUGGUCUACGUCCGACUUUGAUGGACGACUUGCCGAUAUCUAGUUUAUUGGGAAGACCCGGUUUUAUCAUCAUGCACAUUGGAGGAACCGCCUUGGGAAGGGAAGAGGGAAUGCGUCUAUUUGAUGUCUGGAAAAUAAAAACCCUUGAAACAAUAACAUGGUUGCCAAAAGUUAUUGAGACGCUGCACGCGAACCAGCGUGGACACGGAGUUCUUUCUUCUUCUUCGGAAGAUUUUCUCGUUGGGUUGAAGGGAAACAUUAACCGGUCGAAAGACUCGAAUAUCGUCCACUGUAACGUCUCCGGGGACGUUAUGGUCAGCAGCCAGCGCCCGCAGAUGGAGUUCUUGGCCGAGAAAUUUUCAAAUGGGCAGCGAAGGCUGUCAAUCUUUGUGCCCUCUGGCGCCCCCCGUCCUGGCUGGGUGCAGAUGGGAAGAGACCUCUGCAACAACUUCGACUGUCGCGAAUGGCUCCAAAAGUGGCAAGGCAAGGACAGCUGGCUACUGAAGAUAACCGAUGACAUUGAGUAUUUCCGGCCGAAGUCACCUUCUGAUACCGGUUCAAAUGGCCAGGGUGAUUUUCUAGAGGAUAUCGACGAAAUCAUCAGAAGAACUCGAAGCAAACGAACAUGAAUGGCACUUUCAGACGAGAUCCGACCCCUUGGCUCGCACCGAGUUCGACUACAGAUUUCCCACCCCCCCUCCGGAUAUCGUGUCUCGUACCGAGUUCGACUUCAGGCUUCCCUCUCCUCCUCCAGGUAACUUGGACCAUAGCACCGGCUAUGACUACGAU